AUGAAUGAAGAUCCCACGGCCACAGGAGUGAAUCCUGGAUUCCCAUCGAACGCACCGUCUGGCGCAUCACCUGCGAAUCUGCACGCGCCCCCGAAACCGCCCCAAGGGUCACCUCAACCUGGAAUGCCCUUUGCACCAGGACAUCAACAGCAGACACCUCAUGCUUACGGUCAGGAAGGCUGGUUUGUGAAUAGGUCAUACGGUUCACAACCAAGUGCACCACUUCCGGGCCCCAAUAGUGCAUCCGGUGCACCUUCUGGGCCACCCCAGACCGGCAUGCAGCCUCAACCAGGACAGCAACAACCACCUCCCUAG